GCUGGGGCGGGGCCGGCCAAUGGGGCGGGCGGCGGCGCGGCGCGGGGGCGGCUGGGAGGCGCGCGGAGCGGGCUGUGACGCAGCUUCCCGGCCCGUGAGGCGGCGGCACCGCGGGAGCGGCCUGGAGCGGCGCGGCCGCGCUGCCCGCCCGGUUUAAGGGAGAAACCUACUAGAGCUUGAAGAUGUUUAACAAAUCCUUUGGCACUCCGUUUGGAGGCAGCACCGGCUUUGGGACAACCUCGACUUUCGGACAAAAUGCUGGCUUUGGCACGACGAGCGGAGGAGCGUUCGGGACCUCGGCCUUCGGGUCGAACAACAACACUGGAGGCCUCUUCGGGAGCACGCAGACGAAACCGGGAGGAUUGUUUGGUUCGACCACGUUCAACCAGCCAGCCACCUCCUCCACCAGCACCAGCUUUGGGUUUGGCACGUCCACCGGCACGUCCAGCAGCCUGUUUGGCACCACCAGCACGGGCGGCGGGCUCUUCUCGUCCCAGAGCAACGCCUUCGCGCAGAACAAGCCGGCCGGCUUUGGGAACUUUGGCACCAGUACCAGCAGCGGAGGUCUCUUUGGAACCACCAACACGACUUCCAAUCCUUUCGGGAGCACGUCGGGCUCGCUCUUCGGCCCAACCAGUUUUACCGCUGCUCCAACUGGCACCACUAUCAAGUUUAACCCGCCAACCGGUACCGAUACGAUGGUGAAAUCUGGAGUCAGCACCAGCAUCAACACCAAGCACCAGUGUAUCACUGCCAUGAAGGAAUACGAAAGCAAAUCUCUUGAGGAGCUCCGUUUAGAAGAUUACCAGGCAAACAGGAAAGGGCCCUCGAAUCCCGUGGGAGCGGGAGCGGCCGCCGGCCUGUUUGGCUCCUCGACUGCCACGUCCAGCACGGCCACGGGGCUCUUCGGCUCCUCCACCACCAACACGGGCUUUUCCUACGGACAGAAUAAAACUGCUUUUGGAACCAGUACCACUGGCUUCGGGACAGGAACGACAGGGGGUCUCUUCGGUCAGCAGUCUCAGACUACGAGCCUGUUCAACAAGCCGUUUGGUCAGGCCACGACGACGCAGAACACGGGCUUCUCCUUCGUCAAUACCAGCACGCUGGGGCAGCCCAACACCAACACCAUGGGUCUGUUCGGGGUCACCCAGCCCUCGCAGCCCGGAGGCCUGUUCGGAACAGCCGCCAAUACCAACGCCGGCACUGGAUUCGGCACCGGAACCGGGCUGUUUGGCCAGGCCAACACAGGCUUUGGCGUUGGCGGAUCGACGCUGUUUGGGAACAAACCGGCUGGAUUUGGAACCACCACGACCAGCGCUCCCUCGUUUGGCACCACCACGGGCGGCGGGCUCUUCGGUUUCGGCGCCAACACUGCUGGAAAUAGUUUGUUUGGAAACAAGCCUGCGACGGGGACGCUGGGAAGCGGCCUGGGGACGGGCUUUGGAACGGCUCUGGGCGCAGGACAGACCUCGCUGUUCGGGAACACGCAGACCAAGCUCGGCGGGACGCUGGGAACGGGGGCGUUCGGGGCGCCGGGCUUCAACACCUCGACGGCCACGCUGGGCUUCGGAGCCCCCCAGCCUGCUGUGGCGCUGACGGACCCCAACGCGUCGGCUGCCCAGCAGGCCGUGCUGCAGCAGCACCUCAACAGCCUCACGUACUCGCCCUUCGGAGACUCCCCGCUCUUCAGAAACCCCAUGUCAGACCCAAAGAAGAAAGAGGAGAGGCUGAAGCCAACGAACCCAGCGGCUCAGAAGGCCCUGACGACACCCACCCACUACAAACUGACUCCGCGUCCAGCGACCAGAGUGCGGCCGAAAGCUCUGCAGUCGGCCGGAUCCGCUAAGUCUCAGCUCUUCGAUGGCCUCGACGAUGACGAACCGUCCCUGGCCAACGGCGCCUUCAUGCCAAAGAAGAGCAUCAAGAAACUGGUUCUGAAGAAUCUCAACAGCAGCAACCUCUUCUCGCCCGUCAGCCGUGACAACGAGGACCUGGCUUCUCCCUCCGAGUACCCGGAGAACGGCGACCGGUUCUUUCUGUCGGUGCCUCCUGACGAAAACCACAGAGCAGACGGCGAGCGAGAGGAGGAGGAGGAUCACCACGAAGUGACCAGGUUCUACACCAACCCCAUCGCCAAGCCCAUCCCGCAGACCCCCGAGAACGCCGCGCACAAGCACCAGAGCAGCGUGGACGACACCAUCGUGGCUCUGAACAUGCGGGCGGCCCUGCGCAACGGGCUGGAGGGCAGCAGCGAGGACGCCUCGUUCCACGACGAUUCCCUCCAGGACGAGCGCGAGGAGGAGCCCGAGCCCCCGCACCACCCGCAUCCCGCAGGGAUCGUUCUGACGAGAGCUGGUUAUUACACCAUCCCAUCCAUGGAGGAGCUGGCUCGAUUCACCAACGACAGAAACGAAUGUAUUGUGACAGACUUCACCAUCGGCCGCAAAGGUUACGGCUCAAUUUACUUUGAAGGAGAAGUAAAUCUGACUAACUUAAAUCUGGACGAGAUCGUUCAUAUCCGUAGAAAAGAAGUUAUUGUUUACCCUGACGAUGAAAGAAAACCGCCUGUUGGUGAAGGUCUGAACAGGCGGGCCGAAGUGACCUUAGACGGAGUGUGGCCUACGGACAAAACCUCUCGCUGCCUGAUCAAGAGCCCCGAGCGGCUGGCAGAGAUGAACUACGAGGGCAGGCUGGAGUCCGUCUCCCGCAAGCAGGGCGCUCGCUUCAAGGAGUAUCGCCCCGAGACCGGAUCCUGGGUGUUUAAGGUGGCGCACUUCUCCAAGUACGGCUUGCAGGAUUCGGACGAGGAGGAGGAAGAGCAUCCUUUAAAAGUGGACGCCAAGAAGUUAAAAACAGCGCCCGCGGCUCCCCCGGGGCUCGCGCCGCCCCAGCAGAUGGCCCUGGACGGCAAACCGACGCCCCCGGCUCAGAGCCCGGAGGUGGAGCAGCUGGGCCGCGUGGUGGAACUGGACAGCGACAUGGCAGACGUGACCCAGGAGCCGCCCCGCGAGGCGCCAGCGGAGGACGGCGCGGCCGAGGAGCCCGACGCCGUGCCCGCGUCCACCCACAUCGCCUCCAGCCUCGGCGUCAACCCCCACGUCCUGCAGAUUAUGAAGGCCUCUCUGCUUGCUGACGACGAUGACCUGGACCUGAUCCUGGAUCCUUACCCUGUGAAGCCACCUGUGAAAACGGACACGUCGCAGGAGAUCUGCUCGCCGAGGCUCCCCAUCUCAAAACCGCAGGGGCAGAAGAGAUACUCAGCCGGCGGGCUGCUGCAAUCCAAAUUCGCCAACUUAAUCCUCCAGCCGCCGAGCGCCGCUGCGCAGGACCCCAAGGGAGCCAGGACAACCAGCAGCCCCGCGUCCGUCCCCCUUUGGCCGGCGACGUCUCCGCUGGCGCCCGCGUUCCCGGUGCGCCCGGCGCUCCCCGAGGUGCCCAUGAGGACGGUGGGGGUCCGCAGGCGGCAGGCGCUGGUGCCUCGGGACAGGUCCAUCGCCCACGGCAAAGGGAAGCUGCUGAUGGACAUGGCGCUCUUCAUGGGCCGCUCCUUCCGCGUUGGCUGGGGACCCAACUGGACGCUUGUCAACUCUGGAGAUCAGUUGAGCAGCUCAAGUGAAAGGGAAGAUCCGCAGUGCGAGCCUGUGGAAUACGAGUUCCUGCCGACUCCGGUCGCUCCGAAAUCGCUCUCAGAAUCGUGUUUCAAGGUUCACGUGGAGAAGCUGAGCGUGGAGCAGCGGCCGGCGGACAGAGAGCAGCAGCUGUACCUCAUCCCGCUGGAGAUCAAGCUGCAGCACAGCACGGUGCACAUGGACCAGCGCUGUCCCCUCCUGGCGCCCAACCCGGGGGUGGCCGCCAUCCACGACUACGCCCACUGGGUGCGCAAGGCGGUCCAGGACCCUGCGCUGGCCGAAACGGUUGUGAAGCACUGGCUGCUGACGUGGACCCUCUGCGAAGCCAUCUGGGGGAACCUGAAGGAGCUGGAGGCCAGUUUGGAGGAGCCCAGCGAGUACGUCCUGGCGCUGGAGCGCAGGAGAGCCUUCUCGCGCUGGCUGGCGGACACGGCCGCCCGCCGCGUGGACGAGGAGGUGUCCCUGGCGCGCCACGGCAGCCCCAUCGAGGCCGUGUUCAGCUGCCUGACGGGGAGGAGGAUCGGAGAAGCCUGCAGGCUGGCGCAGCUGGCGGGUGACCACCGGCUGGCGCUGCUCCUGUCGCAGCUGGCGGGCAGCCAGCCCCUGCGCGACCUGCUCACCAUGCAGCUGGUGGACUGGCACCGGCUGCAGGCCGACUGCUUCAUCCAGGAGGACAGGCUGCGUGUCUUCGCCCUGCUGGCCGGGAAACCCGUGUGGCAAUUGUCAGAGAGAACGAGCAUCAACGUGUGCUCGCUGCUGGACUGGAAGCGCUGCGUUGCCGUGCACCUCUGGUACCUGCUGCCUCCCACGGCUUCCAUUUCCAAGGCUCUGGCCAUGUACGAGUCGGCGUUUCAGAACACGCUGGAGUGUGAAAAGUACGCCUGCUGUCCCCUGCCUCCCUACCUGGAGGAUUCCGGCUGUGUCUUUGAAGACGAUGAUAAUGGAGGAAGGCCCCUGCGAGACGUCUGCUUCCAUUUGUUAAAGCUCUACAGCGACAGGCACUACGACCUGGAGCAGCUGCUGGACCCGCGCAGCGUGACGUGCGACCCCCUGGACUAUCGCCUGAGCUGGCACCUCUGGGAGGUGCUCCGGGCGCUCAACUACACCCACCUGGGCAGGCAGGGCCAGGGCGUGCUCAACGCCAGCUACGCCGCGCAGCUCGAGAGCCGCGGCCUGUGGGAGUGGGCUGUGUUCGUCCUGCUGCACGAGCCCGACGCGCACACGCGGGAGAAGUCGGUGCGCGAGCUCCUGCACCGGCACUGCCAGCUCGCCGAGACCCCCGAGUCCUGGGCCAAGGAGACGUUCCUGACGCAGCGGCUCUGCGUCCCGCCCGAGUGGAUCCACCAGGCCAAGGCCGUCCGGGCGCGCGUGGAGGGCGACCGGCACAAGGAAGCGCUGUUCCUGUUCAAGGCCGGGCACUGGAACCAGUGCCACAAGCUGGUGGUCCGGCACUUGGCCUCGGACGCGAUUAUUAAUGAGAACUACAAGUACCUGAAGGGGUUUCUGGAGGACCUGGCCCCCCCGGAGCGCAGCGCCCUCAUCCAGGACUGGGACACAGCGGGGCUGGUCUACCUGGAUUACAUCCGCGUCAUCGAGAUGCUCGACAGGAUCCAGCAGCUGGAUUGUUCCCCCUACGAGCUGGAGCGGUUACACACCAAAGUGAUGUCGCUGUGCAACCGGAUAGAGCAGAUCCAGUGCCACAGCGCCAAGGACCGCCUGGCGCAGUCAGACAUGGCCAAGCGCGUGGCCAACCUGCUGCGGGCGGUGCUGAGCCUGCAGCCGCCCCCGGAGCCCGGCCCCCCGGCCUCGCCCGACCCCCAGCGCGUCCCCCUGCGCCUGCUGGCCCCCCACGUGGGCCGCCUGCCCAUGCCCGAGGACUACGCGCUGGAGGAGCUGCGCGGGCUCACCCAGUCCUACCUGCGCGAGCUGGCGGUCACCCACUGAACAGACGGACGUUCGCUGCCCCCUCCCCUCGCUCUGGCGCCAACCGCCGCUCCGCCGGGCGCGUUUCACCACCCGGGCGUGAAGCGGCUUUGGUGCGUGGGGCUGACAUGGGAUGGGUGUCACCUGAGCCCGGUGGGACCCGCCCGGCGCCCUCGGCCUCCCCACGUUUUCCUCGAGCCAAUAAAGCGCCUGUUGCGAACGUUUGUGCGGGUGCCGUGGUCCCUGGGGUGUUGGGGCUGGAGCUCCCGCCGGUCCCUCGGUCCAGCGAGUUCCAGGCCGUUGCAGUGAUCCCUCUCCCCUGCGCCGCGCUCGGUCCGCCGCUGGCACCGCGUGGAUGAGCUUCAACCGGGGUCGCGUGGUGCGUUUGUUUUGCGGGGGGCGGGUGGGACAGGAAUCCCAGUUCAGAAGUGUCUUUUCCCACGUUCUCCUGCCACGUUGGAGACCUGCGGGCAUGUUGAUUCUCCCGUUUCUCCAUCUCCAAAAGCGAAGCGAGCUCGUUCCCCGCUCGGGAGGAGGGCAGGGGACACCUCUGCGUGUGCCUUACGGCCAGCGCUGCCCGGGGACCGACACUGCGGAUGCUCCAGAGCGCGGCAGCACCGGGGAGGCUGGACCGCGGCUCCCGGCCCUCCCGCUGCUGCUCUGCAUCGGCUCCUUGAAGGUCUUUAUGCAUGAGGAUUAUGUAAAGGUUUUUAUUAAAACAACAAAAAAAAUAUAAAUAAAUGAUCUAGAUUAUUUUCCUGUCUUUUUGAAAACAAUAAAUAAAGUGUUUAUAGUA